ACAACAAUGUCCAACCAGUCUCGCAACGAGUUUCUUCAGGAAAGGCUAGACUCUUUGGCAAAGAUAGACCAGAAUCUUGUGUCUGUUAUAGACAACCUAUCCUCGCUAUUGAAUCACAUCCACAUCGGCAAAAAGAACUUGCUUAUCAACAACAACAACCCUAACAGCAAUCGACAAACAGAAGAUGAUGUCAACUCAGAUAUCAAGUGUUUUUUCCAAAACCUAGAAGAAAGCACAACCAAGUUGAGGAGAGAAAUCAAAUUGCACGACAACAGAAUUGGUUACAACUUUAAAAAAGAUAAUAUCGUUUCCAUAUUACCAAUCAACCUCACCAAGAAUGCGACAUGGGUUGGCGAUUGGAAUUUCAAGAAUCAGAUUAAUACUGUAGAUAUGUUGUUUAAAAAUGAUCCCAACUACGAGCAAAUAGAUGAUAAUAACAACGAUAUCAAAAAAGAAGAUAAUAAUGAUGACAGUAACAGCAAUGAAAAUAAAAUUGAAAUUAAAAUUGAAAAUGAAAAUUUAAAAAAAGAAGAG